AUUAUCUCUUCAUUGCAUUGGAUAAACUGUAGAUACAUAUGAUCUGUCAUUUAGUUAGCAGUUUGCUCAAAAUUUUGAUAUCCACAGACUCGGCCAUAUAUCCUCUUCCACAAGGCAAAUUAUUAGAAAUAGUUCUCUCUCCAAGGUUGCCAUACAUCUCUUUCACAAAGCAAACUAUUAGAAAUAGUUCCUUUUCCAGGUUUGAUCUUAGCUUUUUUUUUUCUUUUCGAAAAAAGGUUUGAUCUUAUUAGCUAUGCUCUGCUUUUACAGGUUCAACAUCGUGGGUCAGUGGGCGACGGCCACCAGCGUGGACUUCUCGCUGGCGCAGCUCAUCCAGGUGAUCAUCUUGCUGGCCACCGGCGGCACCAACGGCGGCGGCUACGUGGCAUCCAAGUACGUCGUCUUGGCGAUCUAUGGCUUCAUCCUCAUCCUGCAUGGCCUCAUCAAUAGCCUCCCCAUCCACUGGCUCUCCUGGUUUGGGCAGCUCGGCGCUUUCUGGAACGCGGCAGGUGUGCUUGUGCUGGUGAUCUUGAUUCCGUCUGUUGCCAAGGAGAGGUCGAGUGCCGACUUCAUCUUUACGCACCUCAACACGGACAAUGGCAUGGGCAUCCAUAACAAGGCUUACAUUCUAGGCGUGGGGCUGUUGAUGAGCAACUACUGCAUGAUCGGCUACGAUACAUCUGCUCAUAUGACAGAAGAAACGAAGAACGCCGAUAGGAGCGGUCCGAUUGGGAUUGUCACUUCGGUCGUUCUCUCAAACAUCUUUGGGUGGAUUUACCUGGUGACCCUGACUUCAGUGGUGACAGACAUCCCGUACCUGCUAAGUGCCGAUAAUGAUGCUGGCGGCUAUGCCAUCGCUCAGGCUCUGCACACCAUAUUCAACCAGAGGUACGGCAGUGGUGUUGGUGGGCUCGUGUGCCUCGGCGUCAUUGCUGUCGCCAUGUUCCUCUGCGGUGUUGCGAGCAUCACGAGCAACUCAAGGAUGGGGUAUGCCUUCUCCAGGGAUGGAGCUAUGCCGUACUCGCACCUCUGGCACCGGGUGACCAAACAUGAGGUGCCUUUGAACAUUGUCUGGCUCUCCGUGCUCGUGGCUUUCGCCAUGGCUCUCACGUCACUGGGGAGCCAAGUGGCCUUCCAGGCGAUGGUGUCCAUUGCGACUCUAGGGUUGUACAUCUCCUACGCGUUGCCCAUCUUCUUCCGGGUGACGACCGCCCGAAAGUCAUUCGUCCGAGGGCCGUUUCACCUCGGCAGGUACGGUGUGAUCAUCGGCUGGGCCGCCGUGCUGUGGGUGGUCUUCAUCACUGUGUUAUUCUCGCUACCGGUGGCAUACCCUGUGGGAAAGGACGUCUUCAACUACACGCCGGUUGCCGUCGGUGGGGUGCUGUUGCUCAGCGUUGGCUCUUGGGUGUUCCAUGCUCGGUUCUGGUUCAAGGGACCCAUCGUGAACGUUGACACAUACUAGAAUUAUGAGCCUUGUAAGCUUAAUUAGUUCGAUGGCUGGUUGAUUUUUAUGCAUGAAGGGAAGUAGAUUUUCUGCA